AUCCUGGCGGGGGAGACGAGAUCGUUAAUAAGGCCCUGGUCAUAGUGCUGAGCAGAACCUUCCGUUAAGCGUUUCACGUGGAGCCAAGCAUUGCUCUCAAGAACAUGCCACCCCAGACGUCAAGCGCCAACUCCUCCAAUGCCUCCACCCCCAGCAGCGAGACCUCCAACAAAGCAGCUGGGGGAGGGGGCAUGGGGGCAGGGGGGCUGUCAUCAUCGUCAUCGUCCUCCCUAGCAGCAGCAGCAACAGUGGCAGGAGGAGGAGGAGGAGGGCAAGCAGGAGGAGGAGGAGGAGGAGGGGGAGCAGCAGCAGUGUCCACUGCCAAUAUGUCUGUUUCACGGCCAAACACCUCUUCAUCCCAGUCUGCACAAGGCCGAUGGAAGGAACGGAUGCCCAUCUUGCCUCCGCUGAAAAUAAUUCCAUCACAUUCCACUGUGUGUGACAACAACUGGGGGCCUAAAAAUGCAGCAUCGAAUGCCAGUGCUGGAGCCAAGAACUCGACAACAAAGUCCUCGGCCUUAUUUUGCUUGUUAGCGGAUCUGGAUGGUGGACAGACAGGCAAUUCAUCUGUCAAUGCCAAUGAUCCUUUUGCCUCGCCUACGAGUGCGCAGGCACCAGCGUCCAUAUCGCAGCCUUCUUUUGCCAAUUUUGAGAAUGCAAAUAUCUUCACAAACACUGCCGGCUCGACAACUAGCAACAAAUCAACCCCCUCCGGUCCUCCUCCCUUCUCGAAUAACCCCCUGACCCCUAUGACCCCUGGCUCCUCCUCCGCCCUGCCCACAUCCUCUUCCUCUGUCAGCAGUGCAACAACAGCUCUCUCCAACAACCCUACUCAAGAUCGCUACGCUGCAUUGAAGGACCUAGACGAAGAGUUCAAGACACAGAAGGAGUCGGAAACUACUUCUGGAGGUGGGAGCUGGCCUGUGCCUAAUGGGAACCACCAAAAUUCCUCCAGCGUGUUUGGCACUCCGUCAUCCUCCAUGAAUGGGGGUGCGACAGUAUUUGGCUCUCCAGGCUCCUCCUCCGGCAGCGUUUUCGGGACGGGUUUAGUCAAUGGCAGUGGGGGCGCUGGUGGGGGGGCAGGCGGCGUGUUUGGGACGCCACCAACCAACAACGGCACCAGUUGGGCCAACUUCUCAGGGGCUAAUCCAUUCUCGGCUGCAGCAGGGAACAGCGGCAGUGCAGGUGGAGGUGGAGGUGGAUGGAUGAACGGAGGUGGAUCAUUUGGGACGGCACCACAGACGCAGCAGGGAUUCGGCUCAGUUGUUCAGCCAAGUCUCUUUGGGACAACCCCGGACCCAAACUUCAACCAGUUCAGCCCCAGUGGACCCAUGAAUGGGACAGCAGCGGCAGCUGCUACAACCAACAAUGGGGCUUGGGCCAGCUUCAGCCAGCAGCCACCACAGCAACAGCAGCCUAAUCCCAAAAUGCAGUGGAUGACCAGCAAUGGAACGGCAAACCCUUUCAUGGCUGCCCCACAGAUGCCUUCCAACGGCACCUCCUACAACCCGUUCCUGUGAGAGUCCUCGCAGCCUCCGCAAGAUCUUCCUACGACAGGGACAUGUCUGUGACACGUUUAUCUAUUGCCAAUGACCGAUGACCCCAGCCAUCUUUUCCUUGAAUACUCAGUUAAUUUAAUUUUUUUUUUUUUCGUAAUUUAUGCAGUGGUGUUUUAUGGAAGAAAAUCCAUGUUGCCAAUCACAGUUUAGUUCUCGAUGUGAAAGCAUAUAAUCAUUAUGAAGAGCAGAAGGAAUAAUGGAUAAAUAUGAUAAUUAUAAAGAAAAGAGAAGCAAAAGCAAACAAGUGUGAGCAACGCAGGUUUUUAGCUUAUAAGAGUUUUUAAACGCUUCAGUGUCGAGUUUAGGGUCUGAGUACCACAAUGGUCUUCUUUUUCUCUUCUGUGUAAAAAGGUUAAUUAUUGGGAUCAUGGGGACUGGUGGGCAUUUUUUAUGUAGUGUAGAAAGCAAGUGCUAAAGCAUCCUCAUUAAGGGCCAUGACCUGCUCUGUGGUCAUGGGGAAAAGUUACAAACAACACAUUAAAUAUAAGCCUGUUGACUAUACUGAUGCAUUGUACAGAAUCAAAAUUGCCCAGAUUUUGCUGUAGUAAUCAAGUCAGUGCCCUUACUCCUACUCCCCCUCCCCCUUCCCCUCCCCCUCCCCCUCCCCCUCCCUCUUUUCUAUUCUCUCUCUCUCUCUCUCUCUCUCUCUCUCUCUCUCUCUCUCUCUCUCUCUCUCUCUCUCUCUCUCUCUCUCUCUCUCUCUCUCUCUCUCUCUCUCUUUCUUUCUUUCCUCCUUCCCCCCUUUAAUCCACCAUUCCUCUCCAUUUAUACUCUUCAUAGUCCUCCUCUCACCACUCUGUGAGGAAAUGGAAUGUGAUCAUUUAUUUUCCUGUGGUGUUACAGGUGCAAAUCACAGAACAAAAUCAUAUUAUUACUUGUAGAUAAGAUUUCACCUUUGUUGCUCAUAAUUUCAUUGCAUUAUAGUCAUUGUGUUUAUUUAAUUAACUUGUUAAGGGGAAGUUCUCACAUAUGUCCAGAAUGUGAAGCUUGGGCAUUGUUGUGAAAACGAACAAACAAAAAAAAACAAAACAAAAAAAAUGUAUUUGAAUGUUGAAACUCACUUAAAAACCACAGAUGUUUGCAGGAGUUCAGGUUGGUGCUUCCGGUCUUGAAUGUGAGUGCAUGAAGGAACAGACAGCAUCUUUUGUUAACAUGAUUUAGGUUAUUGGAGUCUGUUGACAGUUUUCCAAGGAAAUAUGCAAACAUUUAUUAUUUUUCUUGCUUUUUUCUCUGCUGUUUUUUUCACAAUCUAAGUCUCUUUCAGGGACUUUUCAGUUCUUUCUCAUUUUUUUUUUUUUUUUUUUUUGAAAUGAUAAUAUGUAUCUUGCAACACAAACCAGGAACAAUAGAAUAUUGACAUGAAAAUUGUAUAGUCAAACUAAUGGGUGCUCUUUGAAUUUCCCUUGCAUUCAUACUGGGAAAAUCUCCUAAAGUGUAAAAGAUGACAGAUAUUAGCAGUAUCUCAAGUCUUGGGCCUUCUAAACCAUUUUUAAAUAAGCAACAGCUUUUGCUUGUGUAAUUAGAACAGCUGGGGUUAUGCUAUGACUGUAGCAUAAGCUGGAAGCCAUUCCCUGGCUGUGGUAACUUCCCAUCCCAUGAUUUCUGUAAAUGGAUUGUUGAGAAGUCAUAAAGGAUAUUGGUAC